AUGGAUGGACACAUGCAGAAAUCAGAGUUGGCCUCUGCCUUUACGAGGAGAGCCGCCACAUCUGUCAGACUGACUUGUCCCAACCCUGCCAAGGGUAGACAUAAAAGGUCUAUUGUGCGCACUUCUCAAACUUUCCCGUCGUCCUUGGAAGUGUCCUGUGUCCAUCCCCAGCAAAGCGAGACAGACCCCUUCUCUCUCUCUCUCUCAUCACUCGAGACCACAACACCACCUGCUCAAGUCACAGCCAAGGAGCAGAAGUCAGUCACAAUGGUGCUCGAACAAUACACCUACGUCUUUGCCAUUGGCACCUUCUUUGCUAUGCUCGAUGCAUACAACAACGGUGCAAACGAUGUCGCCAACGCUUGGGCGACCAGUGUGUCGUCGAGAUCCAUCAGCUAUCGCCAGGCCAUGAUCUUCGGUACCAUAUUCGAGAUGCUCGGCGCCAUCACCGUCGGUGCCCGCACCGCCGACACCAUCAAGAACGGCAUCAUCCCCAACAGCGUCUUCAACAACAACCCCGGUGUUCAGAUGCUCGCCUUCACCUGCGCCCUGGCCGCCGCCUCCUCAUGGGUCAUGUGGUGUACCCGUCACUCCGCUCACGUCUCCUCGACCUACUCCCUCGUCUCCGCCGUCGCCGGUGUCGGUGUUGCCGUUGCCGGCGCCGACAAGGUCCAAUGGGGCUGGAACAACGGCAAGGGUCUCGGUGCCAUCUUCGCCGGUCUCGGUAUGGCCCCCGCCAUCUCGGCCUGCUUCGGUGCCAUCAUCUUCAGCCUCAUCAAGUUCGUCGUCCACGUCCGCAAGAACCCCGUCCCCUGGGCCGUCUGGACCUCGCCCUUCUUCUUCCUCAUCGCCGGUACCAUCUGCUCGCUCUCCAUCGUCUACAAGGGCUCCCCCAACCUGGGCCUGAGCAAGAAGCCCGCGUGGUACAUCGCCGCCGUCACCGUCGGCACCGGCGGUGGUCUCUGCCUCCUGGCCGCCCUCUUCUUCGUCCCCUUCGUCCACGCCAAGGUCAUCAAGAAGGACUACACCCUCAAGUGGUGGCACUUCGUUUACGGCCCCCUCCUCUUCAAGCGCCCCGCCCCCGCCGAUGCCGAGAAGGCCAAGGUCCCCAACUACGCCGUUGUCCAGGAGGAUGAGGAUGAGCACUCCCUCCCCUCCCACGAGUCCGUCAAGUCGUCCGAGUCCAACGACGAGCCCCUCAAGGAGUCGCACCUGUCCAAGGAGACGCACAUCCCCCAGGAGAAGUCCUUGGCCGCCGCCGAGGUCGGUCAGGGUCCUACUUACAAGCAGCUCCAGGCCGAGGGCGAGGCCAAGCUCCACGCCAAGCUCCUCCUGAACCGCGGUCCUAUCGGCUGGGCCAUGCGCACCCUCCGCGACAACCCCAUGGGCCCCGGUCAGAUCUACGAGCUUCACAACAUGAAGAUGGUCAUCAAGCGCAUCCCCGCCAUGAUCACUGUCGGCGCCCUGUACGGUCUGCACUACGACAUCCAUGCCGCCCAGACCGGUAUCGCCGGCACCCCCGAGGGUGAGCGCAUGAAGCGCGUCUACGCCAACGCCAAGAAGUACCCCAACGAGGUCGAGCACACCUACUCCUUUGUCCAGAUCAUCACCGCCUGCACUGCUUCUUUCGCCCACGGUGCCAACGACAUUGGUAACUCGGUCGGUCCCUGGGCUGUCAUCUACUCCGCCUGGAGUACCGGUGACGCCGCUGCCGCCAAGGCGCCCGUUCCCGUCUGGCAGCUUGCUGUCCUUUCCGCCACCAUCUCCCUUGGUCUGAUCACCUACGGAUACAACAUCAUGAAGGUCAUGGGUAACAAGAUCACCUACCACUCUCCCAGCCGUGGCUCUUCCAUGGAGAUGGGCGCCGCCAUCACUGUCCUUGUCUUCUCCCAGUACUCCCUGCCGGUCUCUACCUCCAUGUGUAUCACUGGUGCCACCGUCGGCGUUGGUCUGUGCAACGGUACCCUCAAGGCCGUUAACUUCCAGCGUGUUGGUCUCUUGGUCUUCUCCUGGAUCAUGACCAUCCCGGUUGCUGGCACCCUUGGUGGUGUCCUCAUGGGCCUGAUCCUCAACGCUCCUCAUUUUUAA